UUCAAUUUAUAAAAUGAACUAUUACCUGGUCUGUGGACUAGAUUAUAGUCUAAAAUGCAAAGUAGACUAUAGUUCCGACUUUACUAUGAACUAUAGACUAGACUGUAUUGAAUUAUAGCAUCCAUAUCUAAAACACCGAAUUCAACAAAUUAUGCAAAUUUUUAAAAAUUAUCAAUAAAAAACAUCUGUAAGCGAUUUUAAACACAAAAACAAAAAUCAAAUGUGGCAACCAUGUUAUACACAACUAAACUAAAUCGUAUUGACCCACAAUUUACAACCCUGUUGUUAAAAAACUAGACAAAAAAUAGUAGUAAUUUGCUAUAGUAAGUUUACAAGAUAAAACAAAAACAUUUGCAAUAAUAAAUAAGAUAAAUGCAAAUGGAUAAAAGUGUAAAGGCUAUUGCAAAACGAAAUAGAGAUAAACGACACAAUAAACGAUGGUCUGAUACGGAAACUAAACAAUUAUUGGAAUAUUUGCUAGAACAAGAAGAAUUUGAGAAACCUACGGCUCAAAUAUUUUAUAGAAAAUUUUUAAACACCUCCAAUCUUGAGGCUACUUGGGAUCUAUGUCGUUGGAAAACUAAAAGUCUUAAAUCGACUUAUAAAAAAACUGAAACUUGGAGAAGCUCUAAUGCUUACGAAGCCAAUGAUCCAUAUGUACAAGAUAAAUUACGAAAAAUGUGUCGUUUUUAUGAUGAUCUGCAUUGUUUAUUCGGACAGAAAUUGCAAAUUUUCGCCAACGAAACGUUUGAUGUAAAUACCUCGAGUAAAAUUCCCUUAGUAACAGCAAUGGAUGAAAAUAUUGAAGAAUAUUUUAUAACUGCCAUAAAAUCUGAAGAAAAUGAAGAUCAUUCGGGGUUAAUAGUUCCUGAACGGGCAGCUACUACCUCACCCGAAUCAUCUUUUCCAACCAAUGUUAGUGUCGAAGAAAGAAAUUUUAGUCAAAGAGAAUUAAUCGAACAAGAUUGCAUAACAAAUGUACCUCAAACUGAUCAAGCUUUAAGUUUAAACGAAAGCGAAAAUAGUUCGUUUUUAAAAAUGAGAUUUGAAUUUGAAAAAGAAAAGUUCCGCAAGGAGUUUAAGUUAAAGGAAAAACGAUUUGCCGAAGAAAUUAGGGAACGUAAGGAAAAUUUUGAAUUGAAAAAAUUGGAAAUAGAAAAGUACGAAUGCCUGCGCAUUUUGGAGUUGGAGAAACAAGAAAGAAUCGAAAGAUUUAAAAUUGAAAUGCGUUAUCGUUCUAAGGAAAAGUGAAUUGCGGAAAACAGAAGAGAAAUUUAAUAAGAAACACUCUGUUUUAGUGAGGUUAAACCACUCUGUUUUAAUUGAAAGAUGGCUGAAGUUGUGUUUAGUAAACAAAGAAAUUCAGAGUUACCUACUCUUCUUUAAAUAUGAAUUAAUAGAAACUUGUAAUUUGAAUCAAAAGUAAUAACGCUAUUUAUUUAUUAAAUAUUUUAUGUUUUUUAACUAAUUAUUUUUGUAAUAUACUUCAAAAUGAAGAAUUGUAUAACAAUUUAUUAAAAUUAUUUAGAAUUAAUUAUUUAUUUUCCUUAGUGAUAUUGGCAACCUUUUCAUUAACCGCUAACUUAUACACUGAACAUACCACGCAUGACUUGUGUUUGUUAUUAUUUGCAUUUUUUAUAAUUUAGAAAUUAAAUAAAUUUAUUAAGAAAAACACUUUUAAAAUGGG